AUGAAGUGUUUGGCCCUGAAGCUAUUCCAGGCCAACGGAGCGGUACGCCAAUACUAUCCCCUGAUCGUUAUAUUUGUGUUCGGGGCUUUGUCCAGCGUGUUCAUCAACAAGUACUGGAACUACAAUGGCGGUAGAAGCGACCAACAACACAAACAUCUGAUCUUACACCGACCGUUUUCUAUCGUCGAUUUUGAUGAUCACGGUCGCUACGACUCCGAUCAAGAUGCCCACGAACUAAUCAUCAGAGAGACUGAAGUGGACGUUAUAUCUGAUCAAGAUAAUGUUGAAGCAUUGAUGUCGUUGAUAGCUGCCAAUGAGAUGAAAUCAAUGGGCAAGGGAGAAAAAGCUUUGAAACUCAUAGAACACGGAAUCGCUCUUGCUCCAAAGAAUCCUGACUUAUUAAAUGGCUAUGGAGAACUUAUCGAAACACUACAAGAUGACAUAUUAAUGGCUGAUCAGAUGUAUUUUCAGGCAUUAAUAUAUAGUCCGACUCAUAAAGAAGCACUCGGAAAUCGUAAGAGAACUCAAGUAAUUGUUGACGAUCUGGAUUGGCAACAGCUCAAACGCAUUGACGAAAAAAGAGAUAAAAUGUCUUCAAUGCCAGAUUCCAAUAUGGCUCUAAGAAGAGCAAAAAAAGAAGCAUAUUUUCAGCAUAUUUAUCAUACUGUUGGUAUUGAAGGAAAUAGAAUGUCUUUGUCUGAAACAAGAUCUAUUUUAGAAACUAGAAUGGCAAUCGGUGGGAGGAGUAUUGCUGAACAUAAUGAAAUUAUAGGUCUUGAAGCAGCGCUUAAAUAUAUAAAUGCAACAUUGAUAAACCGACUUGGUAGUAUAUCUGUUAAUGAUAUUUUGGAAAUCCAUAAGCGAGUAAUGGGAUUUGUUGAUCCUUUAGAAAGUGGAGUUUUUCGCCAAACACAAGUAUUUGUUGGUGGUCAUGUUCCUCCUGGUCCAUCUCAUAUUGGAACAUUGAUGGAAAAUUUCUCAAGAUGGCUUAAUUCUGAAACCACCCUAAGGUUACAUCCUGUUAGAUAUGCAGCUUUGGCACAUUACAAACUAGUGCACAUACAUCCAUUUACUGAUGGUAAUGGACGAACUUCACGUCUUCUUAUGAACAUGAUUUUAAUGCAAGCUGGAUAUCCACCAGUUAUUAUACCCAAAGGAGAAAGACAUAAAUAUUAUCGAACUUUAGAAUUCGCUAAUAAAGGAGACAUAAGACCAUUUUUGAGAUUCAUUGCUGAAUGCACUGAAAGAACAUUAAAUCAAUUUUUGUUGUCAACUACAACCGAAUUUUCAACUGAUAUUCCAGAAUUGGAUUAUGAUAAUAUAAUUAUUAAUGAGUCCUAAUAGUACCCAUAAAUUGAAAAGUUCUGUAUAUUCUACAAACUGUAUAAGUUUUGUGGAUUACAAAUCAAUUAUUUUGGACUUAAGUAAUUGUUGUGCAAUAUAUAAGUGUAUAAUGCUACAGAGGUAAAGUCUGAUAGGACAAAAAAUCUUCUUAUACUUGAAGUAUCUGAUAUAUAGAAGAAUUACACUUAUUUCAACUUUUAUAUGUAUAAAAUAAAUAAAUUAAGAAGUAUAAGACAAAAUUUAUGUGCUGAAUAUUAAGUUGAGUUUCACUACUUUUAAGUAAAAUUGUUUAAACAUUCUUAUUCUCAUUUUUAAUUAUUAUUUCCUAUUAUAAGUAAUUGUUUGACAUAUUUUUAUGAUUCUAAAAGAAAGAUAGCAAAGUGUAUUUGACAGAACCAUCUUAAAGACUAAAUAUUUUGAAAAUAACAAAUUACAAGAAAAUAAGAACAAAAAUAAAACAGUGAGUUUAUAAAUGUCUGUUAGUUAGAAUGAAUUUUUA